CCCCCCCCCCCCCCCCCCCCCCCCCCGCCACCCCCCACCCUCAGCCAGGCGAACACGGAACCGCCGAAGCUGAGCCGGGAGGAGCAGCGGGGCCGUGGGGCUCUCCUGCAGGACAUCUGUAAAGGGACCAAGCUCAGGAAAGUGACCCAAAUCAAUGACCGCAGUGCACCCAUCCUGGAAAAGCCCAAGGGCAGUGGCGGCAGCAGCUACAGCUCCAGCUCAUCCACCAUCCAGCCCAAGGGCGGCCUCUUCCAAGGCGGCGUUCCCAAGCUCAGACCUGUGGGAGCCAAGGACAGCUCAGACAGCUCCGCUAAACAAACACUGCAAGUCCCUGGCUCCCGAGCAGCUGCUCCCAGGCCCCCCGUGCCGGCCAGCAACAGCCGCCCUCAGGAUGAUGCCGACAGCAGCCGUGGGUCCCCACCGAGCCGUGGGUCCCCACCGGAACUGCCGCGCACUCAGAGGCCCUCCCUGCCCGACCUGUCCCGGCCCGGCACCGCUGGCGGCACCGGCAUGAAGCACAGCUCCUCGGCCCCGCCGCCCCCGCCGCCAGGACGCCCCCCCCCCCCCCCCCCCCCCCCCCCCCCCCCCCCCCCCCCCCCCCCCCCCCCCCCCCCCCCCCCCCCCCCCCCCCCCCCCCCCCCCCCCCCCCCCCCCCCCCCCCCCCCCCCCCCCCCCCCCCCCCCCCCCCCCCCCCCCCCCCCCCCCCCCCCCAUCAGCCUCCGCUCGGGCGCUCAGGGCCAGUCUCUUGCCCCCCCACCUCCACCCUACCGGCAACCCCCCGGUGUCCCCAACGGCCCUUCCAGCCCCAGCACCGAGUCGGCUCCCGAGCUGCCGCAGAGACACAACUCCUUGCACAGGAAGGCGCCGGGCCCGUUGCGGGGUCUGGCGCCGCCGCCCCCCACUGCUGCCUCCCCGUCCCUGCAGAGCAGCCGCCCCCCGCCGCCGGCCAGAGACCCCCCGAGCCGUGGAGCAGCCCCCCCCCCCCCCCCCCCCCCCCCCCCCCCCCCCCCCCCCCCCCCCCCCCCCCCCCCCCCCCCCCCCCCCCCCCCCCCCGCCGAGCCCCCCAGCCGGGGGAAGCCCCCGCCACCCCCCACCCGGACCCCGGCUGGGCCUCCGCCGCCGCCGCCGCCCGUGCGGAACGGGCACCGGGACUCCAUCUCCACCGUCAGAGCAUUCCUGGAUGACUUUGAAUCCAAAUACUCCUUUCAUCCUGUUGAAGACUUCCCAGCCCCAGAGGAAUAUAAAUACUUCCAGAGAAUCUACCCCAGCAAAACAAACAGAGCUACGCGUGGGGCUCCCCCUCUGCCCCCCAUCCCCCCCGCUUCCAACAGGCUUCCUUGUCUUCCAUCUACACGUGGGGCUCCCCCUCUGCCCCCCAUCCCCAGGUUCCCCUGGCUCUCACUGCUGACCCAUCCCCCACAACUUGAGCAUUUUAACAAGCAAACACUAAUUACAUGGGAGGGGGCGUUUGCGCUGGGUCUGGUGCAUCAGGGGGCAUGUGGGGGGGCCCUGGGGGCCGGUGAUGUUUUGCCUUACACUCCCUGUCCGACGGGUGGUCCCACGGCGGGGGUCACACUAACGUAG